AUGGAUCAUUCACAUACGAACUAUUUUUUACCUUUUGAUGCUACUUCAUAUUUCGAUUCGGCGGCGGCGGCGGCGGCAGCAGCAGCAGCUACUUAUAAUCCGUACACAGAUUUUUAUUCACACCAAUCAUCAGCAACAAGUUCAUCAACAACACCAAGUUCCUAUCAUCAAAUGUAUCGUACAGCGCCCACAACAUUACGACAUCCGAGCUUUUAUUCGGCUACUAUGCAAAGCCUUCAAUCAUCGUAUAAAAUGUUUGGUACAACACCAAAUGAUUCAACGACAUCAUCAUCAUCAUUUCUCAGUGCCACAACACCAACCGCAUUUUUACAUGAUAAUAAACGAAAACAGAGACGUAUUCGUACAACUUUUACAAGUUUACAAUUACGAGAACUUGAAAAAUGUUUUCAACAAACUCAUUAUCCUGAUGUUUAUCUGCGUGAAGAAAUUUCACUUCGUAUUGAUUUAACUGAAGCAAGAGUUCAAGUAUGGUUUCAAAAUCGACGAGCUAAAUGGCGUAAACAAGAACGACAAAAACAAUCACUUAAAACAAAAAAUACUGAUGGUAACCCAUCAUCAAAAAGCAAUAAGAUUGUUAUAGUUGAUACAAAAAAGCAAAAUAAAGACAAUCAAAAUCGAUAUUCUGUUGAUAAUAAUGAUGAAACUAAACGUUCAAAUUGUUAUAAUGAACAAAAUUUGUCUAAUGCUGCAUAUAUACCAACCGAUAUGAAAUAUAAUUCAUUUCAGUAG